CCGGAAUCCGGGCAGACGUAACUGACGCGACAAGCAAGAGGAAGAAGAAGAUGGCUGGUGGUGGUGGACACGUGUUGGUGUUGCACGGGAAGCGGCAGUGCGGUGAGCUGUUUGAGCAGCGCAUAGCCCGCACCUGCAAGAGCAUCCACCGCGACCUGGACCUGGAGUUUCAUUUUCCAGAUGCCCCAUUUGAGCUGCCCAUUGAGGAUGGCGAUGACAUUCCCAUGCGAUCAUGGUGGAACGACUCCUCCACACAAGCGUGGACGACAACGCUUCAGCAGCUGGACGAGUUCUUGCGGCAGCGUGGCGUGCCAGCUCUGAGCGGCAUCUUCGGUUUCUCCCAGGGCGGAGCCCUUGCUGCGCUGCUGGCCUGCAACCGCGAGCACAUCAGCCAGCAGAGCGAUGCAUAUCCAACACUGGCGGCCGCGCUUGCAAGCGUCAAGUUCAUCGCCAUUGCUGGCGCCCCUCACGAUCACCUGCCGACGACGCCUGCUUCGCCACACGGCAUCCUCUCUCCUGACAAGCAGUGCAGUGUGCCGUCGCUGCACUUCAUUGGCACAGCAGAUGUUGUCGUUGCCCCGCAGUCGAGCGAGAAGCUGGCACAAGCCUUCCACCACGCAACCGUUUACCGACACGAUAAAGCGCACGUAUUCCCGUCACGAUCGGAGGAGGUGGCGGCGCUGUCGGCGUUCGUUCGUGCGGCCUUGAGUGACAACGACGGUGAUGUCGACAGUGGAGAAGUCAUUGCUGAUGGCGAUGGCGAUGGUGAUAAGGCAGCUGAACCUCCACGUCCGUUCUCCCCAACGGAGGAGCAACAGGACGAGCUCGAGUCCCUCGAAGCCAUCUACGACACGGACUUCCAGCUGUUACAGCAGCGUCCACCCAUGAUCACCAUCACCCUCCACCCCUCCAUCAGCAACGACGUCGACGACGACGACGAUGACGACGACACGUCUGCCAAGGACACGCGCGCGCACCUGCAGCCAGCACUCACGGUUACGUUUGUGGAGGCGUAUCCCGAUGCUGCGCCCGUGAUGCAAUUGUCGCACGUCGGGCCCCUGGUUGGCGUCAAGGACGGCAGUGACGUGGAACGACAGCUCGCUGCUGAUGCCAUUGCGCACCUCUCAACUGUCGCCAAAGACGCCCUGGGCAUGUGCAUGGUGAUGACGCUGGUGGAUGAGGCGCAGCAGUGGCUGGAGCAGCUGCACGCGGACGUGACCAGCGGUGCAAAGGACCUCACCGCCCUCACAGCUUGCCUGCAGGCAACGUCAAUCAGCAGCAGCAGUAGCAGCACGACGAAGACAAAGCAGCAGCGAGGGGGCUCGGCACACUCAUCUUCCGCUCCAUCUUGGUCAUCUGUGCACUCCAACGACGCCGUACAAAGCAGGCGCGCGGCGGUUGCGCGCAUGAUGGACACUGGCGGCGAUGAGGAUGAGGAUGAGGAGGAGCAGCGCAAGUGGUCGCUGUUCAUACGACAGCUGCACCGCGAGGUUGCUGCUGCAUACCCUGCAGGCCACGCCCCUGCAUACAGUGUACCCGACACCACCAGCAGUAGUAGCAGCAGUACCAACGGUAGCAGUGGUGGUGGUGGUGGUGGUGGUGGUGCACAGCAACAGCAACAGCAACAGCAUGGUGGGUCUGAUGCAGGCGUGUGGAAGUACACGAUUGGACUGGUGGGGAAACCGUCAGCCGGAAAAUCCACAUUCUUCAACGCGAUUACAGACCCCAAGGACCCCUCCAAAGCGGCGAAAGUUGCCGCAUACUCGUUCACCACCAUCGACCCAAACGUCGGCCAGGGAUACUUUACCACGCCGUGCCCAUCUGAGCAACUGCCUGGUGUGGAGUCGACACCUGCACACGGAUUUGCCAUUGGCAGGCGCAGAAAGGUACCUGUGAUCAUCAAGGACGUAGCUGGGCUGGUCCCCGGCGCGUACAAGGGCCGAGGCAAAGGCAACGCCUUCCUGAACGACCUGUGCGAUGCUGAUGUGCUCAUCCACGUCGUCGACGCCUCGGGCAUGUCCGAUGAGAACGGCGUUAUCGAUGCACAGUGCUCGCGCGAUCCAGCUGAUGAUGUGCAGUGGGUGCAGGAAGAGAUACAUCGGUGGAUCUUCAACAAUGUCCGGGCCAAGUGGAACAAGUGCCUCCGGGGCUUGGACCAUUUUGUGAAUAUGUUCUCUGGCUAUCAGUCUCGCCCAGGGAUGGUGAUUGACAGUCUGAAGCGGGCUGGACACAGUCUUCAGGACAUCGAGCGGUCCAUGCUCGCAUGGGGCCCGCGGGAUUUGCACCGCGUCGUGGCCCACUUCCUCCGCAUCCGCUUCCCCAUCCUCCUUGCCCUCAACAAGGCGGACAAGACGCUUGACUAUGUUGACGCGGUACGGGCGACGUUUCCCAAUGAUCUUGUUGUGCCCAUGUGCGCCAAGCUGGAGUGGCAGCUCUGCACGCUCAGGCGAAAAGGCCUGGUGGACUAUCAGACAGGAGGCAGCGGUGCAGUUGUGCUGAAAAAGGAUCCGCCAACAACAAAGAAGGAAGAGGAGUUGAUGUCAAACGUGCACAAAGCUGUUGACCUGCUCCACACCCUAGCGUCAAGCGAGCACCUUCAGGGCUCUGGGGUGCUUGCUGUCAUUGACACGGCCGUCCACCAGCUGCGCCCGCCGCUGCUUGUGUACCCUGUCACGUCGUUCGAGACGAUGCAGAGCCCAGUGGUGGCGGCAGAUGCUUCGCCUGCACCAGCAAGCAGCACAACAGCCUCUGCGAAAGGCAGCAAUAGCACCACCACGACAACCUCGACGAAAUCGACAACAUCGAGGGCCAGGGCAGCACCGGCCAACGUGCUGGCACACUGCCUUCUGCUUCGCCCUGCCACGACCGUUGGUGGCGUGUACGAGAUACUGAAAGGGUCGCCACUGCACGCGCUUGCAGGUGACUUUGUGCGGGCCGAGUACUAUGACAUGGCGACUCGAGAGGGGAGACAAGUGCGGCGGACACAGGUGGUCACGCCGGCUCGCCACAUUCUUCGCAUCAUGACCACCAAGAAGCGAACCCAUGCGUCAUAGCCAACGACCACGACAGUUGGACUUCAGGUGCAUGUGAUUGAUUGGUUGUUUGCUUGCUUGUGUUUGUGUGCGUGUGUGGUUGCUUUUGUGUGCAUGUGUUGUUUGUUUGUUUUGUUGGCUUUGUUCGCUCGCCCGCUGCAGUCGACCCCAGCUGUUGCUGUAGCACUUGUUUGCGUUGUUGUUCGCAUGUCACAGUUGGGGCUUUUACUGUUGUUGUUUCAUGGCACGUGACAAUGCAAGUACUGCCGUCGCGAAUGCGGCCAAACAGGCGCGGCAAUCCAAGUUGGCACUGCUGUCGUCGCCAUCAAUAAAAUACGUGUACAAGGCGCAGGCGCUUGUCAUCAAUUAUAACUGCGAG